AUGUGCGGCUCUAAACGGCUCAUGGGCAGCACAGUGGUGGAGUGGUUCGCACUGUCGCCUUGCAGCAUUCAGAUUCCUGGUUGCUGUUUUGUAACUUACUAUAGCCGCAAAUCAGCCUUAGAAGCGCAGAAUGCUCUGCACAACAUGAAGAUUCUGCCAGGGAUGCACCAUCCAAUCCAGAUGAAGCCCGCUGAUAGUGAGAAAAACAAUGCAGUGGAGGACAGAAAACUGUUUAUUGGAAUGAUCUCCAAGAAGUGUAACGAGAAUGAUAUCCGACUGAUGUUUUCGCCAUAUGGACAGAUAGAGGAGUGCCGGAUACUCAGAGGCCCUGAUGGACUUAGCCGUGGUUGUGCGUUUGUGACAUUCACAGCCAGACAAAUGGCCCAGUCUGCUAUCAAAUCCAUGCACCAGUCCCAGACCAUGGAGGGUUGUUCAUCGCCAAUUGUAGUGAAAUUUGCAGACACUCAGAAGGACAAGGAGCAGAAGCGCAUGGCUCAACAGCUGCAGCAGCAGAUGCAGCAACUUAGUGCUGCUUCCAUGUGGGGUAAUCUCACUGGACUCAACAGUUUAGGCCCACAGUACUUAGCACUCUACUUACAGUUGCUGCAGCAGUCUGCCUCCACAGGGAAUGCACUCAACAACCUGCACCCUGUUUCAGGUCUUAAUGCUAUGCAGAACCUCGCUGCUUUAGCAGCAGCAGCAACUGCUACACAGGCCACACCUACGGGUUCUAGCGCCAUGACGACAUCUACUAGCCCACUAAGUGCGUUAACAAGCUCAGGUAAAAACCAAAACACAGAGUCUGCCACCUGGGUUGGCUGGAAGACUGUUUACUUGGACAGCAUGGCAGCACUUAAUGGCAGUCUUGGCUCUGGAAGUCUUUCUAAUGGCUCAGGAAAUACAAUGGAGGCACUGAGCCAGGCCUACUCUGGCAUUCAACAGUACGCCGCCGCCACCCUCCCUAGCCUCUACAACCAGACCAUGCUAUCCCAGCAGAAUGUGUCAGCUGCAGGCAGCCAAAAGGAAG